GUUGCCCCAGCCGGCAGAGUUCUUUCCCACUCCCUUGGAGACAACUCAAUCACAACAAUGGGUGCUCCACUUCUUAUCGGUUCAAGAAAACGGGUGAUUUAAUGUUCUGAUAUCGAAAGAGAUCACCUUGCACUCGGCAUCACUAACCUUCCCUUUACGUUUCGUUCGUCCAUUCGAUAUGGUUGCAGAUAACAGCACUCCUUCACACCAACGUCUCAAUAACCACAACGGUUCUACAACAAACACAAUGACUCAUGCGCCUGAUGAUGUGCCGCAAGGUACCCAAGCAGAUGGCCAGAAGCAAUUCUACAUCUUUGGUCAUAACAUCUCGCACUCUUUAUCCCCCACAUUGCAUAAUGCUGGGUUCAAGGCUCUCAAACUACCUCAUCACUAUCAAAUUCACGAAAGCGAAAAUGUUGAUGACUCAGUCGAGAGCAUCAUAGCCCGGACAGACUUUGGCGGUGCAUCUGUCACGUUUCCGCACAAGCUACAGAUCAGCAAGCUGUUGGGAUCAGUCUCUCCAAGAGGAGAGAACAUUGGAGCUAUCAAUACCGUUGUUGUCUCAGAGGUCAAUGGGAAGAGAGUGCUUCAUGGCGACAACACAGACUGGAUCGGCAUCAAGAGAUGUGUUGAGAAGUCCGGAGCUCGAGACUUUGCUUCGUCGUCAGCUCUGGUGCUGGGUGCUGGAGGUGCUGCGAGAGCGGCGUGCUACGCUGUUCAGACUCUGGGUUUUGGAGAGCUCAUUGUCGUCAACAGGACGUUGAACAAGGCUGAUGAUCUAGCGUCGAGGUUUCCUGACCUCAAGACCCGGUCAUUUGCAACACUGGAGGAGGCUGCCACUGCGAAGGAUUUUCAGAUCAGGCUGAUCGUUGCUUGCGUGCCAGCCGAUGACCUGGGAGCUGAGAAGAUCCCAAGUGGGCUGUUCUCAGGAACUGUAGAUGGGGUACUGGUAGAGAUGGCAUAUAGACCUCAGGUGACAGGUAUGAUGACAGUCGCUGAGCGACACCCUGGUUGGAAAGUGUACAGGGGCGUUGAUGUGCUGGAGGAGCAGGCAUAUGCCCAGUUUGAGUUGUGGACUGAAAGAGAGGCUCCAGUAGAGGCGAUGAGAGGUGCUAUGCAGGCUAAGCUGAAGGAGAAGAUAUAAGGCUAUUUCUCAGGCGACUUUAAAUGACGGAUUCGGCGGCUGGGUUAGUUGCAGAGACCAAAGCACAGCAUAUAGACGCUGAUGAGUUAGAUAUAGAAGGGAG